AUGAUAUCAGACAAAUUUGGGACCAACGCUGCAAGUGCGAUACAGCAAGCGCUUGCGAGGGAUACGCCUUUAUUAAUUUUAAUAGGAAAUAAUGCGGAAUCGACAAAGGUUUGGGAAAGAAUGGUACUAGAUAAAGGGUUAUCUGUUGAAAAUCGGGCUCUGAUUGAGAACGAUCUGGUCAGCCUUCGAGUCAAUAAGCCUUCGCUAGACUAUACCAUGCUCUCUGAUACUUUUUCUGAAGUUGCCGGUGCUACCCCUCCCGCACUGUUUGCCAUUUACCGUGGAAUGAUAGUUGAACAAAUAACAAGCACAACCACCGUCAAGGAUGCAAACCUGUGUUUAUUGCGCCUUAAGAAGAAGUGGGUUUCAAAGAAACAAAUUAGCUCUGUUACUAAUUCCAGAUCACACGAGUCCAGGCCCGAAGUUACAGAUGUUGCUGUGACUCAAAUUCGAUCUGGGGUCACAAAUAGUAUCAAAGUUAAGCACCCAGAGGCUGAAAGUACGAGCAGUAAGAUCAAGAGCGAAUUAGAAGAUCAACCGAACCACAAGAGAGUCAAGAAAAAUGAGGAGGCUAAAUUGGAAGAUAUGGGUGACACCGAAAGCGGCCAUGAAGUAAUGCCAAAUUAUCAUCGAAGUGGAACGAAUGAAAUGUUGAACGCAUCUCAAAUCCGGGUUAAGCUCAUUGAUGGAGCUGUUACAUGCUUCAAGUUUCCGAGUGACUGCAAAUUGUCAUUGGUUAGGGACCAUGUUGUCGAACAACAUAAGGAAUACCAGCAAAUCCCCUUUCAAUUUUUCAGGGCAAUUGAUCGAUUCACUUUCACACCAGAAGAUGAGAAUUCAACACUUCAUGAACUUCAGUUGAACAAAUGCACUUUAAUAAUCAAGCCUAUGGAUCCAUUUGAAGCACACCAGAAACCUGACAAUAUAGGAGGAAGCUCUACUUUUUCAUGGAUGAAAAGAAAGCUUGGAGCUUUAUUUUGGGGCAAUAACGACCAGGUUCCAAUAUUCAACUCUCCUAAAUUCGGUGAACAAACACGUUCACUUGCGGAUGGCCUACGAGAGACUACUAUGAUUUCUCAACACCCAGGCUUGGAUUCUGAUACGGAGUCUGAUGCUGUAUACCAAUCUCCUGAAAAUCGCUCCACAAUUUCACGGUCCUCUUCGCCAUUUGAACCAUCGCUAAACAUUUCUUCCUCGGAUUCAAACUUCGAUAUUCGCGGAAUAAGCAACACAAAUUUCCUUUCCAACCCUAACAAUAUUUCAAUUGGUACAACCAAACAGCCUCUCCCUAAAUUGAAAUCGAUUGGAAUUAAUAAUUCUGCCGCUUCGUCCAAGACAAGGUUAGCAGAAAUAUCAGACUGCAAAGGGGAAUUAUCGGAAAGCAAUAUCAUAAACAUGGAGGAUAGCAAUGACGAUAAGGUUAUUUAA